AUGACUCAGCUGGUUAGCGCCAUCCAGCUAGAUGAAGUGGAGAUGGAGGUCAACAACCCUCACCAAGAGGUCAAAGAGCCACAGACGUACAGUGUGGAGGAAGAGGUGGAGACCAUCGGCUUUGAUCGUUUCCAUGUUCUGUUGUUCAUCAUCAUGGGAUUAACAAAUAUAGCGGAGGCAAUGGAGUUCAUGUUGCUGGCCGUGGUGUCUUCUGAGAUCCACUGUGACUGGCAUCUGGACGACUGGGAGGUGGCUCUGGUGUCCACGGUGGUGUUUGCGGGGUUCAUGGUGUGUGGGUUGUUGAGUGGAUACGUGGCUGAUAGAUGUGGACACUGGAAGGUCUGUCCCUUUACAGGUUUCUGGGAUGAAAUAUACAUGAAACCUUCUGGAACUGUUUUUAUUGGUUGUAAACAGUCUGUGUCGGAAUAUUCUCUCUCUGUCACUCUCUUGCUCUCUCUCUUUCAAGGUUUGGUUUUUACCAUUCUGCUGUUCUGGAUCAGGUCUCUGGUCUCAAUGAUUUUCAAUGUGGUUUCUAUUUAUACUGCAGAGGUAUUGUAUAACAAUGUAUUGUAUAGGCCUCUCUCAGGUGUAUACUGUGUGUGUCUGGUGACUCCUUCUGUCUCUCAGCUGUACCCGACUGCAGUGCGUUCUCUUGGAAUGGGUUUCUGCACUUCUUUCAGCCGCAUCGGAGGCAUGAUCGCCCCACUUCAUAGCACAGUGAUUUUAGAUAUGCUGCCAUUUACUGUGGCCUGUGUGCUUUGUGCUGUUGGAGCCUUUCUACUGCCUAUCGAGACAAAGGGACGAGCACUACUGGUACGACACUGUCUGUGUUCCUGUGUGAAAUUAAGAUAA